AUGAGGCUGUUUACUCUGCUCUCCUUGGCAGCCACCGUGCUUGCAGGAAGCCGGACGACAGCACCGGCGGGUGCUAUUGUGGUGGCUAAGUCGGGUGGGCAAUACUCGACGAUCAGUCAAGCCAUCGCAGCUCUGAGCUCGACCACCACCUCCACUCAGACCAUCUUUAUCAAGGCCGGCACCUACGACGAGCAGGUGUAUAUCCCCAGUCUAGCCGGAGAGUUGAUUGUCUACGGACAAACUGCAGAUGACACCUCCUACUCUUCCAACACCGUGACCAUCACUCAUGCUAUUAGCUUGGCGUCGGCCAGCAAUGAUGAUCAUACAGCGACUCUUCGAAACUACGCGGCCAAAUCCCGCAUCUACAACAUCAACGUGAAGAACACCUAUGGCCAGGGCCACCAGGCACUCGCUCUGAGUGCCUAUAACACUCAGCAAGGGUACUAUGGCUGUCAGUUCAUCGGAUUCCAAGAUACCGUCCUCGCCGAAACCGGCUACCAAGUCUACGCCAAAUGCUACAUCGAAGGCGCCGUCGACUUCAUCUUCGGCCAAACCGGUAACGCCUGGUUUGACGAUUGCACCAUCGGCGUCGUCGCCUACUCCAGCGGCACAAUCACCGCCCAGGGUCGGCCCUCCAGCUCCAGCUCCGGAUAUUUUGUGAUCAACGGGGGCAGUGUCAAGGCUGCGUCGGGCCAGACCGUGGCUGCGGCGAGCUAUGCCUUGGGACGUCCGUGGACGGAGUAUGCUCGGGUUGUCUUCCAGAAGACUAAUCUCAGCUCGGUGAUCAAGGCUGCCGGGUGGGAUACUUGGUCGUCGAGCUCGCCGAAUACAGCAGGUGUGCUGUUUGGCGAGUAUGAAAAUACCGGGGCGGGAGCUUCGGGGACGAGGGCUUCGUUUGCGGAGAAGUUGUCGGCGGCGGUGUCGAUCAGUAGUAUUUUGGGGAGUGGGUAUACAAGCUGGGUUGACACGAGCUAUUUGAGCUGA